AUGGCCGUCGCAGACAUCACCUCUUUAGAAUCCCUCCUCUCCCCCUCUUCCACCCUCACCAUCCCGACAAAACCCUUCACGGAGGACUACAACAACUGGACGAACUACGCCGUGAUCACCCCCAAAGCCGUUAUCAAGACCACCAGCGAACCCGACAUCCAGACCGUCGUCAGAUUCGCCGCCGAGCACAACCUUCGCGUGUCUGUGAGGGGUGGCGGGCAUAGUGUGUUUAAUUCCUGUGACGGGAUAAUUCUUGACUUGGCGGGGUGGGAUGAGAUUGUUUAUGACGAUGAUGACGACACCAUUAGGGUUCGGCCUGGGGUGUUGGGUGGGAAGGUGAUGGAGGUUGCGGGGGAGAGGGGGAGGUGUGUCCGUAAGCUAUUAUUCCGCCCAAACUUAUCUAAAGGGCACGGGGUGGUAAUGAGGAGCAGUGAGCGGAACAUGCAACACAGUCGGGGUGACCUCCCUCUACCUCAGCGGUGGCCUCGGCCCCCUAACACCAAAGUUGGGAAUGGCCAUAGACUCGCUCCUCUCAGCCCGUCUCAUAACCGCCUCCGGCGAGCUUCUAACCGUAAGCCCCGAAUCCAACCCCGAAGUCUUCCACGUCCUCGCCGGCGCCGGACAAACACUCGGAGUCGUCACGGAAAUGCAGAUAAAAACCCACCCGCUCAACGAAACCCUCAACACCGCGGACGAAACGGUCUUCUUCGCGUCAAUAACAUUCCCAGCAUCCAGGGUCGCAGAAAUUACCGACCUGUUGAGCUCUACGAAAUGGGAUGAGAAUACCGCAGUUUACCUCAUGCUCCUAUCUCCACCAGAGGGGGGCGCCCCACUGUUUGUUUUCAGUAUAAGCUACUAUGGCAGCGAUGAGGAUGCCAAGAGGAUAUUGAAAGGGUUAUACGACUUGAAGCCUAUCGCAGAGACGGCCAAGAGAGUGCCGUAUGUGCGGAUGAAUGAUGGCGGCGAGGGUUUCGGCGAGCGCGGGGAGUUUAAGCGCAUGAUGGGAGUGGGGCUCAAGCGGAUGAGUGUUGAAGGAAUGAAGGGGAUGGUGGAAGCAUAUGAGAACCUGCUUGCGGUGGGGGGGGAUUUGGGAAAAUGUGGUGUGUUGUUCGAGCUCUUAGGGAUGGAUGUUGCCAGGAAGAGCUCUAUAGGUGUGUAUGCGCAUAGGGAUAUCGAUAUCUGGUGGUUAGUAGCCGCCCCGUCCCCCGUGUCUUUAGAGUGGUUGUUGACUAUGCGUGACGGUGGACAGUAUUCCGCUGUUAUGGUACAGCCAUCCAGAGAGUCAUGCGAUUGCAGAAAAGUUUGGCCGAGACGUGCGCAAGGCGUUGAAGGGGGGGGACGUGAGUGAGGAUAUGGUUGUAUACCCCGCGUUUAGGGCUGGAGAUGAGACGCCGGAGGAGCUAUGGGGGAGUAAAGAGACGGCGGAGAAGGUUGCAGGGAUGAAAGCCAAAUUGGAUACCAAGGGGGUCUUCCUUAAAUUCUAGCUUGAUGGAGGAGUUCAGUCCGUAGUAUGAUAGUUGAUCCAAUAUUAUGAUAAGGUAUCGCGAACUAAGCAACCCCGAAGAAACCUAUCAACCAUCAACGAUGGGAUGGACACAGGGUUAGGGUUUCCAUUCCAUCAUCACCCCAUCGUUCCUUAUUCAUUUCUCCCUCCUCACCUCCCUCCCCAUUUCGCCCAACAAUGCGCCAAACCCUUUCCCUCCUCCUCCAGCGCCUCCCAGUCCACAUAACCCUCUACAGCCGUGCAACAUGCAGCCUCUGUGACACGGCGCGCACGGAGCUCUCACAAGCGUGGGAAAAGCAGCCAUUCGAGUAUGUCGAAGUAGACGUGAUGAAGGAUGACAAGUGGCGUGUUUAUGUACACAACCCUUGUUCCAAGCUCGUUAUCGCCGUGGCUAAGUUGAUCGGGGGGAUAUCAUAGGAAUUCGACGUCCCGGUGAUCCACAUUGCCAGGACAAUAGGCGAGAAGGGCAUUGAAGAAGG